GGGUAAAUAGUCUGUGCCUCCUCUUAGCAGACCUCUUUCUAAACCUGUGGACGCCUCCACCGCUAGACACACACUGACCAUGGCCACUUUCGAUGACAUCUUAGAGGAGGCCGGCGCAUUUGGCCGGUGCCAAAUGCGAAUUUUUGUCAUUUUCAGUUUAGUCUCCAUACCGUUUUCUUUUGUCUAUGUGGGGAUUGUGUUCCAGGGCUUCACCCCGGAGCAUUGGUGCCGUGACCCGGGUGUCACUGAGAUCCGGGAGAGAUGCGGCUGGAGCCUUCAAGACGCACGCAGGGCCACUAUACCCCAGAUGAACGGCUCUGCAGGGGUGACGUACAGUCAGUGCAAGAGGUUCGACAUGGACUGGAACGCCACCGGUCUCGCCUGCGACAAUCCGGAGAGUGACUUUCUCCAGGCCCAGCUCUCUGCCACGACAGACUGCUCAGACGGCUGGGAGUACGACUACAAGGGAAGACAGUCGUUUGUCACUGAGUUUGAUCUAGUGUGUGCAGACGCCUGGUAUGCUGACAUGUUCCAGGCCACACUCGGUGUUGGUUUCUUAGUGGGCAGCAUUGCAAUUGGAUACAUGGCAGACAAAUAUGGCAGAAUGAAGAGUUUCCUGAUGACCAACUUCUUCAUCGCAAUUACAGGGAUUCUGGUGGCCACGUCUCCGAAUUACAUCGCCCUGCUGGUGUUCCGAGCUCUCUUUGGCUUCGGAGUGAAGGGCGGCUGGAUGGUUGGAUACGUGCUAAUCACAGAGCUGGUUGGGGUGGACUACAGGAGAACGGUGGGAGUAACCUAUCAGAUGUUCUUCAGCUUGGGCCUUCUCAUCCUUCCUCUCUUAGCUUACUUCAUACCAAACUGGCGCUGGCUGCAGGUGGUCUUUACGGUACCUUACAUCAUCUUCCUGACUUACUAUUGGUUUAUCCCAGAAUCACCAAGAUGGCUCCUCAGCCAAAACAAGAGAACCGAAGCACUGGAGAUCACAAAAAUGAUAGCCAAAGAGAACAAGAAAACACUGUCCAAGAAUAUUGAGACACUGUCAGGUGACGAUACAGAGCCUGUCUCAACUGCUUCUUUCAUGGAUCUGUUCAAGACGUCCAAAUUGAGAAGAUACACGUUCAUCCUUAGUUUCAACUGGUUCACCAGUGCUGUGGUUUACCAGGGUCUUAUAAUGAGGCUGGGAAUCCUCGGAGGAAACGUGUACGUGGACUUCCUCAUAUCUGCAGUCGUGGAAUUGCCAGCAGCUUUCCUCAUCCUUUUCACUAUUGAGCGGAUCGGACGCCGGCUUCCUUUUGCAACUGCGAAUAUCGUGGCAGGAGCGGCUUGCUUAAUCACAGCAUUCAUCCCGGAAGGUAUGUUCUGGUUAAAAAGCGCCGUUGCUUGUGUUGGACGGCUUGGCAUCACUAUGGCUUUUGAAAUGGUAGUGUUUGUGAAUACUGAACUGUAUCCCACUGUUAUCAGAAAUCUGGGUGUAUCGGUCUGUUCCACAAUGUGUGACGUUGGAGGGAUUAUAGCGCCCUUCCUGCUCUACAGGCUUUCUGUCUUCUGGAUAGAACUACCUCUUAUCAUUUUCGGUACAAAAACAGAUGUUGUGUUUAUUUCACACACAAUCAGACUGAGUUGUCUGUGUUGUUCGGUAUAGCACCGAUGCUACAAGAUGCUGGAAAUUACUUCCUGAAUGGCUUAUAGCACCACAAGAACACACACCGUCCCAAACACUUCAGUAGAAACUAUUGAGGUGAGACGUUAAAGAGACAGUUCACCCAAAAAUGAAAAUGUUGUCACCAUUUACUCCCCCUCAAGUUGUUUAAAACAUGUAUGACAUUUUGAAGAAUGUUGGUAACCAA